UGCAUGAAAAGAUCGCGAAAGGAUGAUUUAAGACUCUUCCAAGGCCAGUCUUCUCCUAAGAUUGCUAAGAGAACUUUCAGCUUUAACAUCGCACCAUUAAAAGCACACCUCACCUAUUAGCCACUCUAUCUUUAUCUCUAUCUACAAGCCUUCUUGUCUUCGGACAGAAUGCCCAGGUGCCUUUCGAAGCUCUUUCGGCUAACGCGCAGGCAUACGAAGCCUUCUGUAAAUGCGUCUCAGGAAUACCACAAUGACCAGGGCGAUAGCGAUUCGCUUCCUCCCCCAUACCCCAGGUCGCAUACAGAGGCAAUCACCUCCGGAAUCGAAACGCUUUGCAGCCCGUUGAAGAGUAAUAUCGAUGUCGUCUUCCUCCUUGAUCCGGCCGCCGAACCUGCCACGACAUGGAGAGCCGAAGGCACUCUCGACCCCUGGCCCAAGACUCUCCUCCCAUGCCUAUUUCCCACCGCUCGCAUCCUCGCAUUUACUUAUGAGAAGUAUACGCUUGACUGGAAGAAGGAAGACUUGCAGGACUUUAUUCGAAACCGCGCAAGGAAUUUUCUGUCUUUACUCUCAAUAUAUCGAGAGAAGGAUAGCACGACUGAACGACCCAUCACAUUUAUCUGCCAUGGUUUAGGCGGGCUGGUUUGCACCGAUGCCUUAUUGAUCUCGAGCACGCACUUGGAGCCGGCCUUCUGCAAUAUUUCCCUUUCCGCCCACGGCGUCGUUUUUCUUGGCACGCCAUUCACAAAAAGUGGCCUUGCUGCCUGGCUUCAGUCCGUUUCCGGUUCCGCUGGUCUCGACAAACAGGGGUGCUUCCAUAACGUGGAUUUUAUCGGACAGGGUACCGAUCAGAUGCAUGAUCAGAUUAUAGCUGAUUUGGGUCGCGUGAUAGAAAAACGCGACGAAAGACUGUUACCGCCAAUAGAUGUGACUUGUUUCUUCAACAAGGGGUCGUCUCUGGAAUUGAAUUCUUUCAUGGGGGAAGACUCUGCCACUUUGCCGCGUUUUCCUUCUGUUGGAAUUCACGCUAAUUACGAGGACAUGACCAAAAUCGUUGAUGCGGGCGACCCUCUGUUCCAGGCAAUUUGUGACAAGCUAUGCCAGUGGGUUCUGGAUGUAUACCCAAACGCAAGACACCCGAGAAACCCGUCUUCUGCAGUAAAUCCCGGUGCCUGCCAGAAUGGCAACGGUAAUCGCCAGUAUAACCAUUUAGGUCCAGGCACACAGAAAAAUGUGGAGGGUCAUUGUUUCGAAACAUGUGGAGAUCAAAAUUUCUUGGUGGUGUGACGACCCGGACACAGAUGGUAGAACUGAAUUGACAAUGGGAGCACACAUGGCCGAAUCGGGAUGAUAACAGAAGAGUCUUUACACUUCUCACGCCUUCAAGGCAAGCCUCAGAGCGAGAGAUACCCUGCAAAAAAUUGAAGGGGGUAGAAACUAUCGGAACAGCGCUGGAAAUAAUAAUAGGUCUGGAUAUGAACUGCAAGAGAUAGGUAUUGCGAUGUCACGGAUAUGAAGUCUGCUUCGGAAAGCCGAAUAUACUACCGUGUUUUCAUGCUUUACGCUUUCGCGUAGCUAUACUCAUUUGAGCUCCUAAUGCGGACACGUCCGGCUCGACUAAAUAGGCGUGCCGACGAAAAUGGAGAUUCCAAGAUCAGUAUAUGCCUUACGGUAGAAACUUCGGCAUACUGCUACCUGUAAGAGUUACAAGAUCUAUGAAAAUCAGAACACUCCGUUGGGCCAAUAAGUCGAGCCCACGUUUAUUGUGGCUGCAUAUUCACAGCGAUCUCAAGCAUAGAGACUACGAUUUCCUCUGGUCUUAUAAUUGGAGGAGAUGCCUAGAACCGUCAUUUCAUGUCCCCGGGGCGCCACGUAUGUGGAAUCCUCAACCUCUUCUCGUCACCCUGACGCGCGACGGCCCUACAUACGUUGAACUUCAAUAGGAUAGCAGUUCUGCCGUUGCCACGAAUCACGGCGGCCGUGAGAUCCAUGAUUCAUGCUGAAAUCUCUUAUUACGACGAGCGUGACGUUGUAGCGAGGACGGAGGAGAUAGGUGGGAAUAACAUCGGGUGUUGCCCUUAAGGGUCUAUCCGCCUUGUUAUCUGUUUGCUUAUUUGCUCGUUUUCCAUAUAUAUAAUCUCUCUUCCCUGGUGGUCUUCUUCUUCUUGUUCUUCCCUUCCUAC